UAUCGAAGAGAUGUUGGAGGAAGAAGAGGAGGCGGAAGAUGGAGAGAAUGUGAAGCCGGUUUUGCGCAAACUAACACAGUUACCCAAAAAACGCAAAGAUGAAGCAGUACAAGCGAAUUCCAACCGAAAAUCAAAUGAUGAAACAUAUGUGGAAGAUGACGAGCAACCCACUAGCACGGCACGCGAAGCCGCCAAAAUCGAGAACCAAGUAGAUGAGAAUCAGUGCCGUGUCUGCACGUCCAAGGAAGCACUUGUCAGUCUUUUUAACGCAACUAGUAAGCAAACUAUAGCAGACAAGUUAAUGAUCAUCUGCCCAACAGUUUCCAUUGCUCAGAAGGAUUUUAUGCCGCAAUUCAUUUGCAAUCCAUGUUUGGAUAAAGUAAAUAUCGCCUUAGAGCUGAAAACGCAAUGUGAAACAACCGAGCGGGAAUUGCGCAAAAAAUUGUCACGUAGUAAGAAUAAAGUACGGCGACCGGCUGGCUAUGUGGUCAUAGAUGCUACAUUGGACUCAGAUCCAUCAGAUGAGGAGCCUAACGAUGAUGUAGAAUUUAAAGUAUCUGACGAAGGUGGAAUAACUGCCGAAGAUGAUUCCGAUGAUUCCGAUUUCGGUUCUCCAAAAAAGAAACGGUCCCCACGUGUGGCAGCUGCUAAGAGGGGUAAACGCAAAUCGGCCGCAGCUACUCCGGCGCCAAAAGUAAAAGAGAAGAAGCGUGUGGGUGGGCGCCCAGCUUCAAAACGGUCUUUGCCAUCACCAGAAGUAAUAAUAAAAGAGGAGAGCAGCGACGAAGAUGAGGAGCCAAAAGAGAAACAAGUAAAGAAAAGGAAAACCAAGAAUACACCACAGUCGGAUGAGGCCGAAGAUAAGCCCAGUGAGUUCCCUUGCGACGAAUGUGAACAAGUGUUUGCACGUAAACUUUCCUUGAUUCUACACAAAAAGGCGCAUAAUCAACGACAGCCCAUCAAGUGUGAAACAUGUGGGCAAAUAUUUAAGAUACAGGGUGCCUAUCGUAAGCAUGUGCAAAAACACACCGAUGAGCCAUCCGGCUUUGAAUGUAGCAAAUGCGAGUAUACAGGCAGCAGUAAGGCGGAAUUACGUCGACACUUGGUAGAGGAGCAUGACGAACAGGGUGUGCUGCAUCAAUGCGAGAAAUGUAAGCGAAAAUUUGUUUCCGAGGCACGGUUAGAAAAGCAUAAAGAAGGACGUUGUCCAGGUGUGGAACGUGUGGCGAAAAUAAGGCUCGAUGUGGAAAGUUAUACGGUUGGAAAGGACUUAUUCAAAGCAGUGGCACCGCUCACAACAACCUACUGGAGUGAUAGUUUCUCCGAUUAAGCACUUCUAGCCAUAUCUGUUUGCAUAAGGCAUCCAUAAGUAUGACGGUAAUUACAAGACAUUAGUGUUCUUUUCGCCGAUCAAUGGAAUUGUUUUGAUUUUUUUUUCAAUAGCAUAGAUUUAUUAAGUUCAUUUCUGUUAAAAAUAGAUGAAUCAUAAAUUUGAGAAUUCAAGAAAUCGCAAUAUUGCUAUUUAUGUACGUAUGUUUAGUUAUGAUUUGCAGAACGGCGCAAAAUGAAAUUAACGCUAACAUUUUUCAUAGAAAUUUAAGAUCUCCGGUUUGUGAAAUAAACUGUCUUAAAUAUGAAAUGUAUCAAUAUACUUAAAGAAAUUGAAGAUAUAUUACGAACAUUUUUCCUGUUUAAAUUUUAUUACCAUUCUUUCCAACAGGAAAUAUAUUCAUUAAUCUUUGGAAUUUGUUGUAAUAGGAACUUAUGUUUUCGAAUUAUAAAUAUUGUAAUUAAAGAUGUAAUUUUGAUAUGCUGUACAAUUGUAUCAGUUUUAUUAUUUGACAAAAACGACCUUUUCCUAGCAUUAGUGAUUAAUGUAAAUCCAAAUUUGUAAGAAAAUAUUUCUAAGUGUGGCUUUGUAAAGAAACCCCCUUCUAGUGUAUCAUGAAAAUGAGUAAAAUCUACUUUUCCGUAAAAUAAAGUAAAUUAAGUAAAAACCAGUGUCUCACUUGCACUUUAA